AUGGUGCAUGUUUCGUUUUACCGGAAUUAUGGGAAAACCUUCAAGAAGCCUCGUCGUCCAUACGAGAAGGAACGAUUGGACGCUGAGCUGAAGCUCGUCGGAGAGUACGGUCUUCGCUGCAAGAGGGAGCUUUGGAGGGUUCAGUACGCUCUCAGCCGUAUCCGUAACAAUGCAAGGAAUCUGUUGACACUGGAUGAGAAGAACCCUCGUCGGAUCUUUGAGGGUGAAGCACUUUUGAGGAGAAUGUUUCGUUAUGGUCUUCUUGAUGAAACUCAGAACAAGCUCGAUUAUGUCUUGGCUCUUACUGUCGAGAACUUUCUCGAGCGCCGCCUUCAGACUCUUGUCUUCAAAUCUGGCAUGGCUAAGUCUAUUCAUCACGCUAGGGUUCUUAUCAGGCAGAGGCACAUCAGGGUUGGGAGACAGGUGGUGAACAUCCCAUCAUUCAUGGUGAGGGUUGAUUCACAGAAGCACAUUGACUUUUCACUCACAAGUCCUCUUGGCGGUGGUCGUCCUGGUCGUGUGAAGCGAAAGAACCUUAAGGCUGCAGCUAAGAAGGCCUCAGGUGGUGAUGGUGAUGAGGAGGAUGAAGAUUAA